AUGAUACAAGCAUCAAGACUUCGGAAGAGGGCAAGAAUCGUCUCGGGAGCGAUUAGGAAUGAUGACGCUGGAAACCAAAUACAAGCCCAUGGGGGAUCCCUUUUACAGCUGGGAAACGAAUGGUAUUGGUUUGGCUGUUAUAGGUCCAACGACCUUGCUAGCUGGACGAGGCUACCAAACGUGUUGAGUAUUAAGGCUGGCACCCCAUUGAAUGGGGAUAUGGUGGGUGAAAGACCCCGAGUUAUCUUUAAUCAGGCCACCAACAAGUUUGUGAUGUACUUUCACUAUGAUGACCCACAGUACGUCUAUAACUCAUACCCCGAUGAUGUAUGUCCAACUAGAUGUCCCCUGACAAACUUUUGCAUCUUUAAUCUUAAAGUUACCGACUGGGGCAAAUUGGUAUCGCGACAAGUCGGUUCAGGCUGGAAGUUUGAUAGAGCAAUUUCACCCCUCAAUUCACAGAGCCGAGAUCUUUCCUUGUUCCAAGAUGAUGAUGGAACAGCUUAUGUGACCUUUGCCUCUGAUAGCAAUGCGAAUUUGAAGCUAGCUCGUCUCAGUAAAGAUUAUAUGGAUGUUGAGGAGCUAGUUUAUGUAUGGAAGCAGGUGUUCUGGGAAGCAACCGGUAUGAUCAAGGAAGCAGGAGUUUAUCACAUGAUGUUUUCACUCCAGAAAGGUUGGUCCGCAAACGCGAACAAAGUUACAAAGGCGAGCAAUUUGGCUGGUCCCUGGUCAGAUGCGGUCGACAUUGCAGACCCCAAGCUAAACACGUAUUCAUCACAAAACACAUAUGAGCUUACUGUCACUGGCACUCAGGCCACGACUCAUAUCUGCAGGACAAUCAAGACCACACCAAACCCCAGUUCAUUCCUAGAAGUGUUUCUCAAUCUGUAA